GACACAUUUAAAACACACACAAAAAAUUUUUUUCUUUCUUCUCUCUUUCUUUCUUAAUGAUUGGCAUGCCUUGUUUAGGAGCUAGAAGAAAAUCUACCAGUACUGUUGCUACACUCCCAAAAGGUACCAACAGUAUCAGAAGAGAAAGUAUAGCUAGUCAACAAGCAUCCAAACUAGCACAAAUUCAACAAGAAUAUAAUAAUUUGAAAUCACAGAACAUGCAACAUCUGGACCUUAUUACUAAACAAUCAAGUGAAAUUGAGCAAUUAAAACAAGAGUUGACAACAAUCAAACUAUCAGAUAAAGAAAGACAGGAAUUACUUGAAAAAAGUCAACAACGUAUUCAAGAACUUGAAUCAGCACAACAAGAAGCUGUUGUGUCUUCAUUAUCUGUUCAGGAUCCAAUACCAUUAGAGGAAUUACAAAGCCAAUUGGAAGAAAAGGACAAGGUGAUAGAUAGACAACAAGCAGAGUUUGAAAAGCUGAAAGCACAAUGGGAAAUUGAAAGAGCUGAAUUGGUCAAGCCUGCCUUGGAGCAAGUGUCGGCACAAUUGGAAGAAUUAAAACAGACAAAUAAAAUGGCAGUGGAAAGACUGAACGAAAAAGAAAACGAGUUGGUUGAAUUACGUGCGGAACUGAGCCGAAAAGAUAGACAACCCAAACAACAGUUCACAGCCACAAGAGACCAAGAAAAAAGACUGAAUCGAUUGACCAUGGACCUUGAAAACGAUCGCUUAUUGGUACAGAAAUUAGAAGAACUGAAUCAACAACUGGAGGCUCAAAAACAAAAGCAUGAAGCAAUUUUGGAGUCUCAUGCUAAAGUCAUUGCAGAAAAGGACAAGGCGCUUUUACAGCACCAAAAAUCAUUGGAUCAACUUAAACUUGCACAUGAAAAUGAUACCAAGACAUUGGAACAAGAACAAAUGCACAACCUUAAAAAGCUUGAACUUAAGCAUCAAUAUGCCAUUGAUGCUCUUACAAAACGCUUAAAGCAAGCUGAAAACCAAGCCAAGUCACAUGUAAAUGAUGAAUUGGACAAGAUCUUGGUUGAAUUUGAACAAUCUCAACACAGCCAUUCGGUUGAACUAGCUUCUUUGCAACAAUCGCAUCAAGAACAAUUGUCUGUCAUGAAACGAGACCAACAACAAGAAAUCAAAAACUUAAUGACGGGAGAAAAAGUAGACAGUUUCUUUAAUCAACAAAAUAGUGUUGAUUCUGUCCCUUCUUUAACAAACAACGUAGCUAAACUAAAAGACAACGCAAAGUUUAAUUGGCCACCUGUAGCUGUCUAA